AUGUCAAGAUCGAUAAGCAUGUCAUCGGCGUCGACCCAGCAGCCUGAGGCUGUGGCCGACAAGGUCCUCAAAAGGGCUGAAGUGGGCAAGAUGGCCCGCCAACUCCAGAGCCGCCUGGCCCUAGCACAAUUCAAGGCCAAGCGAGGCUGGGAAGACCUAUCACUCGACGUUAUCGAGCCCAAGAUCGAGGAAGAGCUGCGCCAGCGGAAGGCUGCCAUCCGCCGCAGACGCAUUGCCGACGGUGAAAUCCUGUCCGACUCGUCGUCGAGUGCAUCCGACCUGCCAUACCCCACAAGAGCCCUGAUGAGCUCUCCGCUAAAAGCACCCUUUUUUUCCGAUGCCAUCGGCUCCAGUAACGGCAGCACCGGCCACCGCAAACGCACAUAUAUAUCGAGCUUCGACGUCGAUGUCAACCUGUCCUCCAGUCCCACCAAGCGUUAUAGAGUCUCGCCCACAGCCCACAAGUCUUUUUCGAACCACGUAUCGUGGAGUGACACCCACCAGUUAGCAAAGUCGUCGCCUAUCAAGCAACGCCGCCAGACACACUUCAAGACCUCCAACGGGCCCGACGUGUCCUUUUUCCAGUCUUCAACAGGUCUCGACCGCAGUCUUGCUUCUCCCAACUUCGCCGCCCCCGAUGACGAUGAUGAUGAAGACCUCCUACCUGCCCACUCCUUCCAAGUGAAUGGAUCGAGGUCCUCGCCGCCCAGUACACCCCCAAUGCGCAACCGACGCCUCCCCCCGAACAACGCUGGCAAGGACGGUGCCAACUUUGAAUCAAGAGACGAGGGUGCACAGCUGCUACUAUACAUGAAGUCGUCACCAACCCCAGCCAAUCUACCUCCCAGGAGUCAGAUGGAGCCGCCUUCCACGCCACCCCCGAAGCACCUUGGCUUCACACCACAGGCAAUGUCGACACCCAACCUGAACAAUCCCUUGUUCCCCCACACGCCAGGCCAGGGCUUUGACUUUGCCGAUUACCUCACCUUCACGCCCAGUCCGGCGCAGAAGUCUUGGAAGACCCCCAAUGGCAUUGGAUCUGGCAGGACUCCCCGGACCGUGGCGAGAAGGCGGCUCGGGGCUCUUGAUCAACCAUGA